AUGAAAGAUGUUGAGGCAUUUAUGCCAUUACCAGUGUUUACUAAGGAAAGAUUUAAUAAAAAUAACUCUUCCGAACAUGAUGUAGUCCAUUCCAAUAAUUCAAAAGACAUGUUACAUAGUUCAUCAAAUUAUAUACGUAAUGAUUCACGUAUUCCAAAUGAAGUCAGACCAAUAAACAUAAAAACAGGUACUGUUGCUACUUGUGAUGGCUCUGCUUAUUUUUCAAUUGGUAGAACGCGUGUAUUAUGUACUAUUAAUGGCCCGAAAUUAACUAAAUCUUCUUUAAAUGAAAUUGGUUUAUCAGUUACAGUUGAUUAUCGUUUAAGUCCCUUUUGUAAAAAAAUGAGACAGUAUGGAAAUAUAAACAAAAGUAAUUUAAAUACAGAUUAUAAAGCUGAGGAAAAAUACCAAUCUUUAACUCUGGAGAAAGUUAUUCAGUCAAUUAUUUGCCGUGAAAAAUAUACAAGGAUGAGUAUAGACUGUUAUAUAUACAUUAUUGAGGAUGAUGGUUGUGCAUUGUCAGCUGCUAUAUCAUGUUUAUCUUUAGCUUUAUGUGAUGCUAAAAUUGAAAUUAUAGGAUUAUUUUCAUCAGUUACUGUGAUCGCAAUUCCUAAUAAUUCUGAAGUCAAAUCUGACUGUAAAUACAUAUGUAUACUUGAUCCAACAUAUGAUGAGAUCAAUCUUGAAAAUUCUAACAUUUCCGAAUUAAGUAUUGGACUAUGUACUUUGCGUAAUCAAGUAGUACAUUUAUCAGCAAAAGGUUCUGCCUUUGGGGAUAUCCAGACAUCAAAAUUAAUGUUUUCCUUAGCAGAAGCAGCUUGUACUGCAAUUACGAACGAAAUGAAAGAACACCUUAUUUCUGAAGAAAAGAUAAAGCAAUAUGAUUAA